AUGAACUACCUAAAGCUCCAUUAUAUGUUGCAUGAGUUUUUCGACUCAUUAUAUGCAAAUGAAGGUACACAGUUCAAUUACUUUGUCGCAAGAAGCUUCAAAGGAGACACCCAUGCCAUUGCCAAGAAAAUUAAAAAGAAUAUCAAGACUACUCACACAUUAGUCUCAUUUAAAUCGAUGUUGUUGUACCACUACAUUUCUAGGAACGGAAAUCCAGAGAUUUAUAAUCGAAUUGAAAAUCUCACCUUUGUCAAGAAGAGAAAUGCAGAAAACGUCUUUGAACCAGACACCUCACAUUUGUCUCAUUGGGGAGAAUUGUAUUCGGUUCCACUUCAACACGCACUCAAUUUCCACAAGAAGUACUCUUGUUUUAAUGGGCAAUACACUUUGUACAAGGGAGAAAGCAUUCCAGAAUUUCUCAGAACACCAGUUGAAAUUGGUCUUCUUGAGACUGAAACAUUUAUGUUAUUCAAAUCCUUUAAUUCUUUUGUUGGUGACUUCUUUAGGAAACAAACUGCAAACGACUAUUUACAACAAUCUAUUUCAAUGUGUAUAGAUGAAAUGGUCGAUAUUUUCAAAUUACUUCUGUUGGUCACCAAUUACAAAUCUCUUUUGGAGGAGAAAAAGUUUGAAAGACAGAACGUCUGUUGGUGUUCAGAUGAGUUAAAGACAAUCCAAAAGCAAUUGGUCUCACCCUUCCUCAAAAUCCCACCUUUGUUAGAGAUCCCAGCACUGUAUAACAUUAAAAAUAAUAAAGACCAACUCCGGCUAUUUUUGGUGAAAUUCCCUAUUAAAAAUUACAAAUCGCUUGAAAAAAAGGUUGGACCUGUCCACGAAAAAUCAGCACAAAAAAUAAAAGAGACGAAAGAAGACAAAUUUGUUGACAACUUUACUGGUGAUAUGAGGUGUGUUGUUAUUCUUGAUUAA